GAUACUGCAUGUAUCUGUGGGAUAUUUGAGUGGUGGAAUGAGAGAGAUUUGUGUGAUGUGUCGUUAGGUCGAAAUGGUCGAGUCGGGUCGGGUCGUGUACCUUUUGCCACGAAUGUUUUGCCAGUCAGGCUCUAAGAGGCCUUACGAAAACAGCUGAGAUUUACGCUGCUCGCAUGACGCGCAUUUCUUAAAACUUAACAAAAAAAUUAUUAAAAUAAAACACAAAAAUUUAAAAUUAAAUUCUAAAGCAAAGAUAAAAUAUUUUUUAAAAUUUAACACAUAUGUAUAAAAAAUAUUAAAUACGAAAUUUUUCUAAAAAAAAAUCUUUAAGUUAAAUACAAAAAAAAAAGAAAUUUAAAAAGAUAAGAAAAGAAAAUUUACAAAAGAUAAAAGAAAAUUUGUAUUAAGUGUUAAAAAUUUUAAAGAAAUAUAUAAAGAAAAUUUUUAAAAAAAGUGAAAAUACAAAAAAUAAAAAGAAAAUGAUAUGAAAAUAUCUAAAGAAAAUUUAUAGAAAAAUAUUACAAAAAGAAAAUUUGGAAUAAAUAAAAAUUAUACCAAUAACACCAAAGUGAAAACCAAAAUAAUUGGAUUUUUUUUAAAACAAAAAAAAAGAAAUUUUACUAAAACACAUAUUAAGACCGUUGACCCUUUGAGGCCUACGGCUUAUAAAAAUUACAAAAGUGCAUUCUUCUUAUAAUUCGUGUACACCAACGGCCGCCAAAAUGAUAACACACAACUCUUUAAGUGUCUACGGAGGCGGCGUUAUGUGUGCUUCACCCUCAACAGCACCCGGUUUCUUUAAUCACAGACCCCAAUCGGGAGCUGAACUAUCACCCUUUGAAUUGGGUAUACCCAGAUCUAUGGCUCUAGGAGUACCACCACCCACCGCUUGGCAUGAUCCCAAUUUGGGACAACAUUUACAUGCCUCCGCCGGUCCUGGCUCUUUGGCCGGCACACAAAAUACAAAUGCCGGCUCGGUGGGCACCGGCGGUGGUACCACACCCUCCAGUGUGGCCAGCCAUCAAUCGGUGGGCAUUAAACAAGAUUUAUCCGCCUUAAAUGCUUCCAGUGUCAAUCCAAAUAACCUGCAACAAACGGCCACACAUCAUACCAUCAAAGAAGAUCUAUCCGCCAUGACCAAUACAUCACAUCAUACGUCAGCGGGUCAGCAUCAAAAUACACAUGAUAUGAAUUCCAUGCUUAAGGGUUCCCAAUCGAAUUGUAUGGUGGGUAGUGGUAGUAGUAGUGGCAAUAACAAUACCGGCGGCAAUAGUAAUAAUAAUGGUGGUGGUGGCAGUACAACACCUAGUUCACAGGCCAAUAGUUCACAUUCACAAAGUAGUAAUAGCGGCUCACAAAUCGAUCCUAAACAAAAUAUCGAAUGUGUAGUGUGUGGUGAUAAAAGUUCCGGCAAACAUUAUGGUCAAUUUACAUGUGAAGGUUGCAAAUCAUUUUUCAAACGUUCCGUAAGACGUAAUUUAACCUAUUCAUGUCGGGGGAGCAGAAAUUGUCCCAUAGAUCAGCAUCAUCGUAAUCAAUGCCAAUAUUGUCGCCUCAGAAAGUGCCUCAAAAUGGGUAUGAGACGUGAAGCUGUACAACGCGGUCGUGUCCCACCCACUCAACCCGGUUUGACUGGCAUGCAUGGUCAAUAUCAAUUGGCCAAUGGUGAUCCCAUGGGUGUUGCCGGUUUCAAUGGUCACUCUUACCUAAGUUCCUAUAUAUCAUUACUCCUGCGUGCUGAACCCUAUCCCACCUCCCGCUAUGGCCAAUGUAUGCAACCCAAUAAUAUUAUGGGCAUUGAUAAUAUCUGUGAGCUGGCGGCUCGUUUACUAUUCUCGGCUGUUGAAUGGGCCAAGAAUAUACCCUUCUUUCCCGAACUGCAAGUUACCGAUCAGGUAGCCCUCUUACGUUUGGUGUGGUCUGAACUGUUUGUGCUUAAUGCCAGUCAGUGUUCCAUGCCUUUGCAUGUGGCACCUUUGCUGGCGGCCGCCGGUUUACAUGCCUCACCCAUGGCUGCUGAUCGUGUGGUAGCGUUUAUGGAUCACAUACGCAUCUUCCAGGAACAAGUGGAAAAAUUGAAGGCAUUACAUGUGGACUCAGCUGAGUACUCCUGUCUGAAGGCUAUUGUGCUGUUUACCACCGAUGCCUGUGGUUUAUCAGAUGUUACACAUAUAGAAUCCCUGCAAGAAAAAUCCCAGUGUGCUUUAGAGGAAUAUUGUAGGACACAGUAUCCAAAUCAACCCACACGAUUUGGUAAAUUAUUAUUAAGGCUGCCAUCUUUAAGAACGGUUUCGUCACAAGUCAUUGAACAAUUAUUUUUUGUCCGUCUAGUCGGUAAAACACCCAUUGAAACACUGAUACGUGACAUGUUAUUGUCCGGUAACAGUUUCUCUUGGCCUUACUUACCAUCGAUGUGACAUACAAUGUGGAGACAAUUGACAACAACUUGAUCAUCCGCUGCUGCCGUGGCAGCUGCAGCAGCAGUUGCAACAACCACACAACAACAACAGCAACAACACCAGCAAACGUUUAAUGCAGCAGCAGCAGUUCAAAUGCAACAUAAUGCCUAUACACAUGGUGGUGCAAUUGUUGGUAGUGUAAAUGCAAAUGAUUUUCCAAAUAGUAGUCAUAGUGGACAUGGCAACAAUAAUAGUCAUGUUUUAAAUGCUAUACAAACAAGUUUACCACCAAGUAAUCAUAAUAGUAGUAAUAAUAAUAAUACAAAUGUUGCUACAACAACAGCAACAACAGCCACAACGACAACAUCCUCUAUAGGCGAAGAAACAGGUGCAGUUAGUCCAAAUGAUAUGAUGAAUACGGGUAGCGGUGGUGUUGCUAGUAACGGUGUCGCUGCUGUUAAUUAUGGUGCAACAUUUUUUGGUAAUGAAUAUCAUCAUCAAUUAACACAAACCGCUUUAAUGGCCAAUACUUCAACAUAUGCUGCUGCCGCUACAUCAGCAGCAGCUAUGCAGGCUUCUGCUAGUACAGCAAUGUUGACAAAUUAUUGUGAUGCCGCUAUGAUGAUGGCAGCUGCUGCUGUUAAUGCUAAUCAAUGUUUGCAACAACAGCAACAACGUAUCGCCUUAAUGGCCAAUUGUCAAAAUGCGAUCAAUGCCAGCAGCAGCACUAGUAAUGAUGAACAUGAUUUAACAAGUUUAUCGAAAAACUCUUCACCACUGAACAAUGAGGCAACAGCUUUGGUAUCUUCAGCAUUAUCCUCAGCCUCGUCAACAAAUUCAACCACUUCAUCAUCUGCAUCAUUGUUGUCGUCGGUCUCAUCUGCGGCCACAACAUCGCCUUCCAUAACUCUGGUUAAUACAGCAUCACUUAUAUCGACAAAUGCUACAGCUAGUGAUAUUGCUGCUGGUCAUCUUCACCCACAUCAUAUACAUCAUCAUCAUCUUCAUUCUCUUCACAAUCAUGAGCAUCUCCAACAUCAUCAUCACCAUCAGCUUCACCACCAUGUUGAGCCAGUAACGUCACCAAAUUUAAUCGAUAUCAGUGAAGUUCCUCUUAUAGUGGAUGUCAAGUAGUGUAAUUUAUUAUUUAAUUAAUAAAAUGGAAAAAAAAAUCUAAAAUACAAAAAAAAUUUAAAAAAAUUACAAAAAAUAUAAAAACCAAAAAAAAAAAAGAAUUAAAUUAAAUUUGUAUUUUUAAAUAGCAAAAAAUGUAUAAAAGAAUAGUUAAAAUAUUUCUAAUUCCUUUAUUUUGUAAAUAGUUUUUAUCUCCUAAAUAUUUCAGUUGUUUUUACUUAAUUUAUUUAAAUUUAAUUAAAAUUUUAGCUGUUAAUUUUUUUCUAUUUACCACACAAAUUGAAGUCAUUUUGUAUUUGAAAUACCAACGUUCUUUUUACAGAUUAACCCAUAACUGAGUUAUCAAAACUUUAAGCUCAAAAUCCAUUUGCAGAGAGUAAAAUAAUUUUAAUGUAAGUACAAAAUAUUAAAACUUUUUUUUUUUUGAGAUUUUUUAAAAAUGUUUUCCAUACUGGUGGUCGUCUAGUCAAUAUAUUUGUAACUUUAUUGCUGAUUCUCCAUUUAAAGCUCUUCCUAAUACAAUUACACUUUAUUUUGAAUUUUAUUUCAUGUAAUAGACUUACGAUUUGAUAAAAUAGUUUCAUUUGCUGCAACUAAAUGCACCAACCAUACAUUUGUACUUGAAAGCUUUCUAUAUGUAUUCGGUUGCUACAACAAAUUCUCCAUGUAAAGCUCUACCUAUCAUAAUUAGGCUUUAUUUUAAUAUUACUUCAUGUAAUAGACUCACAAUCUGAUAGAACAGUUUCAUUUGCUGCAAUUAAAUGCACAAACCAUAUAGUUGUACUUGAAAACUUUCUAUGUGUAUUCGGUUGUUACAACAAAAUCUCCAUUUUUAAAUUCCUAACACAUUUACACUUUAUUUUGAAUUUAACUUCAUGUAGUAGACUUACGAUCUGAUAAAACAGUUUCAUUUGCUGUAACUAAAUGCGCAAACCAUACAAUUGUACUUGAAAGCUUUCUUUAUAUAUUCGGUUGUUACAACAAAUUAUCCAUUUAAAGCUCUUCCUAACACAAUUAGACUUUAUUUUAACUUAUGUAAUAAACUCACGAUCUGAUAAAACAGUUUCAUUUGCUGCAACUAAAUGCACAAACCAUACAGUGGUACUUGAAAGCUUUCUAUGUGUAUUCGGUUGUUACAAGAAAAUCUCCAUUUAAAUCUCUUCCUAACACAAUUACACUUUAUUUUGAAUUUAACUUCAUGUAGUAGACUUACGAUCUGAUAAAACAGUUUCAUUUGCUGUAACUAAAUGCGCAAACCAUACAAUUGUACUUGAAAGCUUUCUUUAUAUAUUCGGUUGUUACAACAAAUUAUCCAUUUAAAGCUCUUC